AUGGGAGACUCCGGUAGGAACUAUCAUAACCUACUCAGUUCGUUUGGCGGAACGCGGCACGCGCAGGCGUUCGGACCAAUAGCCGACACAUCUGAGCAGGUCUAUAUUUCAUCCCUUGCUCUUCUCAAGAUGUUGAAACAUGGUAGAGCAGGUGUGCCAAUGGAGGUCAUGGGUCUGAUGUUAGGGGAGUUUAUCGACGAGUAUACAAUCUUUGUGGUCGAUGUCUUCUCUAUGCCACAGUCAGGUAACAGCGUUAGUGUCGAAGCUGUGGAUCCCGUAUACCAAACUGAAAUGAAGGAUCAGCUGCGUCGUACCGGACGACCCGAAGUAGUUGUUGGAUGGUACCAUUCUCAUCCUGGUUUUGGAUGUUGGUUUUCAGGUACUGAUAUCAACACACAACAAAGCUUUGAACAACUGAAUACAAGGGCUGUUGGUAUUGUUAUCGAUCCCAUCCAAUCAGUAAAAGGAAAGGUUGUAAUUGAUUGUUUCCGAUUAAUAAGCCCCCAUCUUGUAAUGCUGGGUCAAGAAGCUCGCCAAACUACGAGCAAUGUUGGCCACCUUAACAAACCGACGAUUAUCGCGCUGGUACACGGUCUAAACCGUAACUACUACAAUAUAGUGAUCAACUACCGCAAGAGUGUAGAAGAAACUCAUAUGUUGAUGAACUACCAUCGCAAUAAAUGGACCGAAGACCUACAAGUACGGGACUUUGCGAAACGCAGAGCAGAGAACCGUGAAACUGUUAAGAACAUAAAGGAACUUGUAGAAAAAUACAACGAAUCGAUUAAACAGGAGCUAACGCAUACCCCCGAGGAACUCGCUGUAGCCAACGUAGGGAAGCUUAAUGCCAAGAUGCACAUUGAGAAUCAAGUUAACCAGUUGCUCAAGGAUAAUUCUCUUGACACUUUUGGUGCAAUGCUAGCGGUGGAAAUGACCGGACUUCCAGUCCGUGUACCUGUGGAGUAUUUCAUAGAGCUAAAGAAGUUCCUCGAUUGUUCAUCGGCUGAUAUCAAAGGAAUCUAUGAAAGGUUUCGACACGUAGCGCCUUCGGGAUUUUUGCCUUUACGAAAAUUUCAGGAAUCACUGGGUCUUCUUGGAACUCUUGGAAAAUUACUCGCUGAAAAUCUAUUCUUCGCAUUCGACAGAGAUGCCGAUGGUUACCUGGACUUCGCGGAAUACGCCCGAGCUGUACUUACCAUGCUUGAUGGGUCGGAUAAAAGUAGAAGAGAACUUAGCUAUCGGAUAUUACAUAUAUCUGCACAUCGCGACUCUAUAGUCUCCAUGGAUGCUGAAAACGAGCCAACCGAUGAAUCUAUCGGAAUUGAUAUGGAGGCAUUUCACAGGGUAGUUAACGACAUCGCGAUGACACGAAAUGUACUUAUCGGGGAAGAAGCGGUUAAACAUACUCCGGAACACAUUGAGAAGGUUUUCAGGAACAACGCCACCAUUUGUAUCGACGGAGUAUCAAGGAUAACACCUGAGGAUUUCGAACGCGCCCUAGUAUGGUCAAACGAAUUUAUGGAACUUCUAGGAGUACCCCGUACAUAUUGUGCAGUAGAAGCAUCAGUGGUCUGUCGCAGCGGGACGCCAAGUUCAUCUGUGGCAUCAGGCCGCCUUAUCUCAAAGUCCAGCUCAGACUGCAUGGUAUACCAGAAAUCCAAGAUAUACAUUAACCGUACUACACGUCGUAGAAGAAAGACUCAUGCAAUUGAUACUAAGGAAUCGAUUGUAAGAAGAUUGAGUAAAAGUUUGGGAAGUUAUAGCUCUUCAAGACGCGGGUUAGCAGUAUAUUUCGGCCACGAACGAUGGAAUGAUGUAAUCAACAUGAUGGUAUGCCUAGGUCUCACUGCUAGAAAAAAAUAUGGAGAACUCACCCACGAGAUUACACCAAAGGAUUUCAUGGAACAACGCACCUUCUCAAUAUCUCCCGAUAACGCUUCGGGAAAUACGCCAUCACUCAACUUUGUUGAGAUGCAUGAUGGAAAAUGCAUCCAGUGUAACGAUCCAAACAAGGUAGUAUUCACGGAACACGCCCCAAUGGUAUUCAAACGCUUGCGUGCCAUGAUGAACCUGUCCGAGGAAGAAUAUAUACAUUCAGUGGGUCCAGAACACCUGGUUGGCAACAUGGUACUGGGAAACCUAAGCACACUAUCGGAACUACUCUCAGAAGGGAAAAGUGGAGCUCUGUUUUACUUUACUGCCAACGGAAAGCUGGUGCUGAAAACGGUUACUAAGAAGUGUGCCGAGUUUGUGCAACAAUGGCUGCCACAAUACUACGAGCAUCUUAAAAAGUACCCAAACAGCCUAAUCACGAGAUUUGUAGGACUCUACUCGAUGUCACAGUGUAGGAAACGAGGAGCAACAACCUAUUUUAUUGUCAUGAAUAAUGUCUUCUUCUCAUCAGCGGCUAUCCACAGGCGUUACGAUCUCAAAGGGUCGUGGAUUGGUCGAUCGUUACCGACACCAGAAAGGAAUGACCAUACUGUUGCUUUGAAGGAUGUAGAUAUGGUGGAUUUCGGCGAGUACAUUGAACUUGGGGACGAGCGUUCAGAAGCGCUGUUCGAGGUACUACAACGGGAUGUACAGUUUCUAGCAGAUUCGAUGCUCAUGGACUACUCACUCCUGCUGGGAAUACACUACAAGGCCUUCUCUGGAGAUCGGGUAGAUUGGAAUGUAGAAACUGACAACAGCCAGUUGUCACGUAUCAUGGGUGAACAUCGUGACAAGUUAUACUUCGUAGGAUUGGUGGACGUACUUACCCAGUGGGACUUCCGCAAGAAAGCGGAAAGUGUAUGGCGCCGGUUGCAAACAUUCAACAACCCAGGCGUUUCAUGUGUUGCGCCACAGCAAUACGCAACUAGGCUCGUGGACUUUAUCAAGCAACGUACUACAUAA